AUGUCUGCCAACCUGGACAAGUCGCUCGACGAUCUCGUCGGUAACCGUCGCCAGACUGCUCGCCGUCGCGGUGGAAACCGUCGCGCUACUGCCAAGCCUACCACGGUCGGAGGUGUCAAGAAGUCCUCCAGGGCCCCCAAGGCCCCUGCGAAGGCGGUUCACCCUACCCCGGUUCCAGCUGCAUCCAGCAAGAUCAUCGUGAGCGGACUGCCGUCCGAUGUGACUGAGGCCAAUAUCAAGGAAUACUUCACCAAGUCUGCAGGCCCCGUCAAGAAGGUGAUCCUUACCUACAACCAAAACGGAACCAGCCGUGGCAUUGCCUCCAUCAUCUUCGGCCGCGCCGACACUGCCGCCAAGGCCGCCAAGGAGCUUAACGGUCUCCAUGUCGAUGGCCGUCCCAUGAAGAUUGAGGUUGUUUAUGAUGCCUCCCACGCCCCGAAUGUUCCCGCCCCCAAGCCGCUCACCGAGCGCAUCGCUCACCAGAAGUCCCAGCCCAAGCCUGCCACCGCUGCCAAGGCAGGUCGUGGAGCUAACAAGAAGAACAACGCCAACGCCAACACCAACACCAACGCAAGCACCAACGAAGGAGCCAAGGGUCAAGCUCGCGGCGCCAAGGGUCGCAAGGGUCGUAACCCUGGCCGUGGUAAGCCCAAGUCCGUCGAGGAGCUCGACGCUGAGAUGGUGGACUACUUCGCCGGUGGCAACGAGAAUGUCCCUACCCAGGCCGCUGCUCCUGUCAACGCUGCUCCCCAGGCCAACGUUGGUGAGGACCUCGGCAUGGCUGAGAUCUCCUAA